CCGAGACGACCCUCCCCUCCCCUCUGCCCCUGCAGCCCGGUCCGGCCCGUGCAGGGAUGGAGGGAGGCAGCGGGGCCGCAGCAGCGACCGACACGGAGCCGGGGCCGGAGCCGGAGCCUGCGUUGGGGGCCGGGUUGUCGCUGGGGGCGGCGGCGGGUGCCCCCCUCGGCUACCUGCACGUCCUGUGGCAGCGGGAGGAGCCCGCAGGCAAGAUCCCGGCCCGACGCCUGCGCAGGGCCGCCCGCCUCCACCGCCGGCUGGGGCCUACGGGCAAGGAGAGCCACGCUCUGAAAAGGCUGCGUGAAGCUGCCAAUAGCAACGACUUGGACACAGUGCAGCAACUCUUGGAGGAUGGAACUGACCCCUGUGCUGCAGACGACAAAGGCCGGACAGCCCUGCACUUUGCCUCCUGCAAUGGCAAUGAUCACAUUGUGCAACUGCUUCUGGACCAUGGGGCUGACCCAAACCAGAGAGAUGGGCUGGGAAACACCCCCUUACACUUGGCUGCCUGCACGAACCACGUUCCUGUCAUCACCACGCUGCUGCGCGGAGGGGCCAGAGUUGAUGCCUUGGAUCGAGCUGGCAGAACUCCACUGCACCUCGCUAAAUCAAAGCUAAACAUCCUGCAGGAAGGACUCUCCCACAGCCUGGAGGCUGUACGCCUUGAAGUGAAACAGAUUAUCCAGAUGUUGCGGGAAUACCUAGAGCGUCUAGGGAGGCAUGAGCAAAAGGAACAGCUGGAUGACCUCUGCUCCAGGUUACAGAGGACUAGCACAAAGGAACAGGUGGACGAGGUUACAGACCUCCUGGCCAGCUUCACAUCUCUCAGCCUGCAGAUGCAGAAGAUGGAGAAGAGGUAAUGGGCUUCCAAAUCAUCUUCCUGAUGCAGCAGGAGAAGCCUUAGAGAGAGAAAAAGAGGAAGCUGAAGCUUGCUUCCCAGAACGCUGAAUAAAUAUUGCUGCCAGCAGCCAUUCCUGCCGGAUCCACUCUCCAGUGGUGCUUAGAUUUUUCCUGUUGGUGCUGCUGCAGCUGCCUCGUGGGGAGGCAGCACACUUUGGACAACAGAGACAACAGACAGUGCUGCAGCUGCGACUUUUGGAAAAAAGGAGCUGCUCCUCUUUAUAUCAGAUGGGCUGGCGCUGAAUAGGAUACCCCUUCCAGAGAUAUUUUGCCUUCUCCUAAGCACCUCAGUUUGAUGUAGGUGGUGGCUGAUGCCAUGUGCUGUCACCAGCCCUGACACCAGCUGGGCACCAUCACAGAAAUGCUUGGAACAGGCACCUUUUGCCACCUCCACAGUACUCAAUUGCAUGGGGGAGAAAGUGGAUGCCUCUGACAACAGAAGGCUUUCUGCUGUGAGAAGAACACACACUGAAUUCUGCAUGCUAGUAGCCAGGCAAACAUACUACCUUGAGAAACAGGCACCAAGGCUUAAUCCUAACCAGGGCAGAGGAUCUAUCUGGUUAUAAAUGCAAUACAAAGCUUUUCAUUGCUAGACUUAACAGCUUUCACUGGCCCUGGUUUUUGAAUAGAAUCACAUAAUCAUUUAGGUUGGAAAAGACCUUUAAGAUCAAGUCCAACUGUUAACCCAGUACUGCCAAGUUCACCACUAAACCAUGUCCCUAAGCAGCGCAUCUACAUGUUUUUUAAAUGCUUCCAGGGAUGGUGAUCCCACCACCUGCCUGGGCAGCCUGUUCCAAGCUGCUACAAGUCAGUGCUUAAAUACUAUAGUGAAACACUUGCAAAAAAUACCCAGGUAGACAGCUAGCACAUCAGAGCCGCCCUGAUGCAAGAAUAAGGUUUGGGAUGUGACUUAAUCCUAGUGCAGUUUUAGGCAGACAUUUGCAUCUUGGAAAAAAAAAAGAGGAAAAAAGAAACAAACAAAAAACCACCGUAACUGAGUUUUGUGUUUCCUGUUACUAGCGGUCUCAGGCAAGAGGUCCGGAUGCAGCAGGAGGUGUUGUGUAUUCAGCUGUAUUACUGGGCUGGGAUGGAGGUGGAUUUAGGUCUUCCUCAGCAGCACCAAACCCACAGCUGAUCCAUACUGUUCCUUGCUUGUCAUAGAGAUGUGCUGCUCCAGGACCUUCAGUGCAGUGUGAGGAAUGAGUUAUGAGCCCUGCUGGAAGCCUAAAGUGAUGCAGCUAUGAAGAAUGCAGGGAAUUGCUCUUGCUGCUCUCUUGCUUCUGCCCCACUGUGGUUAGACAUGAGGAUGUAGACAGCUUUGUUCUUGGAGCGGGAAUUCAUGAAGUCUUGUCAGUAGGGUGCCAACAGCAGCAGGGUGACAAGAACAUGCUCAGUAGCAGAGUUCCCAUCUGUGUGCCACACCUAAAAGAUACAGUGUGCUGGUAGCUGUACCCAUCCCACAGCUCGGGCAUCACUGGUUUGGAAGUGUUCAUUCUUAGGAUUCAGCCUAACCAUGCAACAGCCACAGUCUGGAGCUUUCUUCAGAGACCUUCAGGUCAGCAUGUUUCCCUAAUGUCUGGCAUCUUGUCCAGGAAGAGGCUAAGUGGACUUCCAUGUUCAAAGCUGAGAUACCAGAAAUAUGCGUGACUUUUAGAUAAGUUCAUCUGUGGGGUGCUGGAAGCCAUGACUGGGACUAACGGCCUUGACUGGUUUGGCUGGAGCUGUCACUGUGAAUACUGAUAUUUUGUUAGGAUAUGCUGAAUGGGAAGGAUACUGAGGGGGUGGGAGACAAUCUGACCUUUUUGUAUUUUGAACUUCAAUAAAAUCCUGUCGGCCUUUUUGGACUCCUCAGCCAA